AUGUGUUCACGCGGCGUAGCGAUGCUUCGAAAAUCCAGAUUUUUUUCGGACAUUAUCGUUCGAAAUUAUACUAAGCUAUUAGCCGCAGAAAUCAACCCUAAUAUGAAAAAAUUGGAAUAUGCCGUUCGUGGGCCGAUUGUGCAAAGGGCUGGGGAAAUUGAAAAAGGAUUACGUCGGGGUGACAAAAAAGCAUUUGACAGUGUUAUAAAGUGCAAUAUUGGAGACUGCCACAGUGCCGGACAAACUCCAAUAACAUUUUUGCGUGAUGUUAUUGCUGUUGCAAGUAAUACUAGACUCAUGGACUCUCCGUUGAUUCCUGAUGACGCCAAACAGAGAGCGAAACGAUUUUUAGAUAGCACCGGUGGAAGCGUUGGCACAUACAGCCAGUCAACUGGUGUUGAAGUUGUGCGCGAGGACGUUGCCGCUUAUAUAAAACAGCGGGAUGGUAUUGAGGCGAUUCCCGAUGACAUCUUCCUCUCAAGCGGAGCCUCUGAAGCCGUGAAGUACAUCCUAGAAUUGGUGGCCACGACCAAAGAGGGCAACCAGCGUGCAGGCGUGAUGGUCCCUAUCCCCCAGUACCCCCUCUACUCGGCAACUCUAGCCGAAUACAACAACUAUCAAAUUAACUACUACCUCGAAGAGGAAAAGGGUUGGGGCCUAAAUGUUCAAGAAAUGGAACGAGUUCUGAGUGAAGCUAAAAAAGAGUGCAUCCCGCGGGCCAUUGUGGUAAUCAAUCCAGGUAAUCCGACAGGUCAAGUGCUCCAGCGCAGUGACAUUGAGGAAGUCAUCCGCUUUGCCCAUCGCCACAACCUCCUCGUAAUCGCUGACGAGGUUUACCAGCACAACAUCUAUGCACAAGACCGCAAAUUCUACUCUUUCAAGCGAGUGCUCCACGACAUGGGUGGAUCGAUUGCCUCGGAGCUCCAACUCGCCAGCAUGAUGUCCGCUAGCAAAGGUUUCAUGGGCGAGUGA